UGCCUCCUCCUGAUGAACGAAGAUCGAGGACGUGCUCCUCGUCGUUGAUUCCCCGAGGUUGUCAUCACGCGAUCUGGUCGCGUCGCCAUGGCCAAGCGGUUCUCCAAUGCCAUGCUCGAGGAGGGCGUCUUUACGGAUCUCUCCACCUACAAUACCCUCCUUUGGGACUUUUGCCUCUCCACCAAGAUGGAGACGACCUAAUGAUUCUAGGAUGGCAUGAGCCGAGGCGAAUCGCCCGAAUAUCGCUAGUCACAACAACAGCGUUCUCAAUGAUUUGGCAUGAGCGAAGAAGAUGGAUGUCGCAGAGAAGGUGUUUGGCGAAAUGUCAGCCUAAUUCGAUAUCCUACAACUUGAGGAUCAAAAGGUUAUGCCUCAUCUAGUCGGGUGGAGAACGGCCUGAGAUAUGGGCGAGAAAGGCCUGAGGCUAAGUGAGAGGAUAUUUGCAGCUCCCAUGCCAUGUCUCUGCAAGGAUGUGCCUCAUAAUGCCAUUCGUUGGAGAAAGGCCAUGACAUAAGCUUCUCGAGCUAAAUCAAGGCCAAGGAGCUGCCAUGAGUGCCUUCUGAAGCACUUCUUAACAGUUUGAUCGCGAGCCUUGCUGUUUGAACCUUGAUUCAUCUAUUGGUUCUGGCACGAGUUUGCAGGCAGGUAGAGUCAAUGCAGUGAAAGUUAUUAACGUACUUCAGAUUCUUCACCUAUGCUUUCUCUUCAACUUAGUUUGUUGCAUGUGGAAGGGGAAUGGGUUUCACAAUGAAUCACCAGCCAUGGCUUAGAUUUCUCUUCCACUUCUGUUCGCCCCCCAGUGCAAGGAUUUGCCACAAUGCAAGCAGAGUUCAGAUGGAGAGGUGAAACAAGAAAUGGAGCUUAGGGACAUUGGGUCGACUCUCCCACCGGGGUUCAAGUUCUACCCUAGCGAUGAAGAGCUGGUUUGCUACUACUUGCAGAAGAAGGUUGCAUGCGAUAGAGUGUCCACGGGGACUUUGGUGGAGGUGGAUCUGCACACUCAAGAGCCAUGGGAGCUUCCAGACAUAGCGAAGUUGAGUGUGGAUGAGUGGUACUUCUUUAACUUUCGCGACCGCAAGUAUGCCACGGGGUCGCGUGCGAACCGCGCAACUAGAUCAGGGUAUUGGAAGGCCACAGGGAAGGAUCGAACAAUCUAUGACCCUGCGACCCAUGCAACGGUGGUCGGGAUGAGGAAGACGCUCGUGUUCUACAUGGGACGAGCGCCCAACGGCACCAAGACCAAUUGGGUCAUGCAUGAGUUCCGACUCGAAUCACCACUCGCACCGCCUGUGAAGGAAGACUGGGUGCUGUGCAGGGUUUUCCACAAGAAGAAGGGAGUCGAGAAUAAUGAACAAGAGUACAACAACAACAACAACUCCUCGUCGUACUUGGAAGUGUCUCCUCCUCGUCAAAUGCCCCUCCAACACGAAUGCUGCACGGCCGCGAUGAUGAUGAUGCCAUCAAAAUCAUCCUCCCACAAGUUGUAUGCCCUGGGUGAAGAGGGAAGCACCUCGAAUAACACAUUCUUCCCUGACUUAACGCCAUUGCACUACAACUUCAUGGAGAUGGAGGAGGAGGUGGGGUCUAGGGGAAUUGGUGGGGCCAUGGACCAAUAUGGACUAAUGCUUGAUGUGGAAUUUAUCGAAGACCAAGAUUUGAUCACGAAUCUGGAAAAAAAGGAUCAAAUUUUAUUCUGAUUGUUGAUUAUUAUUAAUAAUAAUAAUAAUGUACUUAGCUGUUAAUUACUCAGCAUUGACUCACUUAUUUAGUUUUAGAUUGCGUGUUAGUUAAUCAAGUGUAAUGGAGAUAUGCAUGAGUGACUGUUUAUGUAGAUGGAUUAUAGGUUUGGCAUUGUUCCGUGUAUAGAUAGAUAUGUUGUAAGGGAAAUUCUCGUCUUACGUUCAAAACACUUAAUUAACAAUGGAUAAUUAUUUGGUGUAAUUAAUCUGGCAAUUUUCUUUUUGUUUGCAAUUUAACAUAUCAAUUAAUUAAUGUUUGCUCAAA